GUGGAGUAAAGCUGCGACUGUCAGACAGGAAGAGAAACUGUUGCGGUGAAAUCGACCCAUAAUCCUCGUUUUUUAAAGACAUUUAAAGACGCGUCACAGUUUUUCACGGCGGAAUGAGAAUCACAACCCAGAAUAGAAACACUGUCUCAUCCCGUGUGAGCUGAUCCUGGACCAGAGUCUGGUUUUAUUAACUGGGAGGUCUCAGAACUGUCAGCUCGAUGGAAGAGCAGCGGAGGGAUGUGUACGGCUGCGGGGCCGGAGGAGCCUCCACCGGUCCGUCCACCAUGCGUCUGUCCAUCACCUCCACCACCGGCAGCCCGGUGGAGCUCACCGUCCCCCGGGGAGAGACCGUGGAGGGGCUGAGGACACGGAUCUCCCAGAGGCUCCGGCUGCAGAGGAACAGAGCCGUGCUGCUGCAUAAAGACAGGCAGCUGACCGCAGGAAGACUGCAGGAGCUGGGAGUAGCAGAUGGCAGCAAACUGACACUGGUCCCUGUCAUCGAAGCUGGUUUAGUCUGCUCCACUGCCAGGGCUGAGAGGACUGUGAUGGACGUUUUGGAAAGUUUAACCGAAUCUCAGAUCAGUGACUUCCUGUCUGGACACUCCCCUCUGACCAUUAACCUGGGAAUCGGUGCUCAUGUGAUGUACGUGCAGCUCCAGCUGUCGGCGCAGGAUGUGAAGGAGCUGCAGCAGGACGGGGGCGUGAGAGUCCUGCAGACGACUGGCAGCAUGAGCCACCCUGGCUCUGCCUCCGCUACCUCACCUGCUCCCCAAACCACCUCACCUCCAUCUGCUGACUCUACAUCCCCGAUCCAACACAGCUUUCAAAGACCCAGAACUUCAUUAAUCACAACAGCUCCCACCUCUCAGUCAUCCACCACUGUCCCUAAUGUAAACUGCCCACAGCGCUCAUCUCUACCUCAAUCCUGUCACUCUACACACACAUCUCCCUGUGAUCCUUCUCUGCCUUCUGGUUGUCUUGGCUGUCCUCAACCAGCAGCCACACCAGUCUGCUCACCUGCUCCGACCGGCUCCAGUCCUGGACCCCCUAGCCCAGUACCGGCCUCAACCUUCAAAACGACUAGUGAUCAUACGUCUUCAGCUGAAGAGCUGAGCAAGCAGCCAGGAGCAGUCAUAGAGAGCUUUGAGAGCCACUCUCCAGGCGUCUUCUCCGGCACGUUCUCUGGCAGUCUGGCUCCUCACAGUCAGACUGGUAUCAGCCAUCGCCACCGUGGAGUCAGCAUCAUCCUCCAGAUCCUCAGCGAUCUCCUCAGAGCCGCCUGUCACCACCAGGGGGCACCGCCCACCCUGUCUCAGAGCCACUGUCCCGUUUUAAACAACCCAGUCCAGCCAGUGCUCACAGCAGAGGGGCCCAGCAGAGCAAGAGCCAAACCACUAGGGACCCAGAGGGCACAGCAGUGCACCACAGCUCCAGUUAAGGAGGGUCCCGCCCCGCGCUCAUCCACAGAGGAGGAUCAAAACUUGCAGUGUAAGCUCGAGCACCUCCAGUCUCUGAUGCAUCAGCGGCGCAUUCGCAGACGGUCUCGGAGGAACUUGCACCUCCCACAAACUUCUCACCCGUACCAACAACGUCAACACCACCCCUAAAAGACAACCGGACACGAGAGGUCCACUCACUGUGACAGCGGUGGCAGCUUACUGAAAAGAAGAAGCAACUAACAUUGAAAAACAUUUGUGUAACAGGUGACAUAACAGUGGAGUAAACUCCCCCCCAAAAAAGACCAGAGGCUCUGUGCUUUGAUUUUAUACUUUGAAUAUUUCUGAGGAAUGUACUAUUAAAAGAUCUGAGGACUCUAAAUUCCUGUGGUUGUCGCCACACUGACCUUAUUUUCAUGUCCGACCAUGACUUUGUUGUGUAGCAUAUGCCACAAAAGCUUAGAUGUAAUUUUUGUCUUGUUAUAUGUCUGUGUUGUUUGGACAAACCUCUUGUUGUGUGUGUUUUAUGUGUAAAAUGCCUUAACUAUACAUGUCUUGAAUGUAAACUGUAUAUUUUGACCUAUGUAGACGAUGUUGCUCAAAGUAUUUUGCUCAUGCUAUUGUCAGAAGGAAAAAAUAUGCAAGGAAUAAAGGAAGAAGUGUGAAAACCUGAA